CUGCAGCCAUCCAGAUCCUCUUGCGAAGGCGGAUUCGAACCGCAAUUCGCAUUCGCAUUCGUCUGUGGUCCCUUCCUUCCUCCCUUUCCCCUUUCAUGCGCUCCACAGCAUUUCUGGCGCUCCUCAUUUCCGCUCCUCUCUUCCCAUUCUGUCCUUUGCAGGCUCUCCUCUUGAAUAUCGCGGACGACGUUCGCCAGCCUCACCCCAGCAGCAGCCGCCGUCGAAAGCUGGAAGCUCGCCACCAGUCACCAAUCCACGCAUGCGCACGAGCAUAUGCAGGGCUUGUGGAGCCCCUUUCCCUGCUCUGGACUGGCCGAUGCUACCAGUCGCUCUUUCCGCCCCCUCCUUUCCCUUUCGAGGCCGAUGAUUGCGUGGUCCUCGUGCCGUUGUCUCAGUCCCAACAUUCCUGGAUCACGUCUCUCUCCUUCGGUCGCUGGUCGAAGGGAUUCCGCCAAUCCUUGAGACCGUGCCCCGGUCGUUCACCCGCAUGGCACGUUCAUUUGGGCCGUUCUCGAACCUACCUUACGUAUUGCCAAGAUAGCACUGUGCCCCUCCUUACGUAGGGCAUGUAACAUGGCCACGCAACGGGCAAGGAUUACAAGCACCUUCAUUCUGGUAGCUGACAUUUCGGAGUCGGCAUUGAGCACGCUACAGGAGGCGAACGAGUCGUCCACUUCCAAUCGUUGGACGCCACAGAAGAACGCCGGCACCAAUCGUAGGAUCG